CCUCCGACAACCGACCGACGCGUGCACAUUUCGCUCAAGAAAAUCUCCGCCGCAGUCGCUUACAACUACUUCAAUUUACGCGACGUGAGAACAUUGCUGCGGGGCAGUCUUAUAUAAGACUGCUACUGUUGUACUCGAAGCUUACCCACAGACAGCGCAAGUGCUGUCGAGGACGAGUUGACUAACAUCACUAUGGGAGAGGCCGCAGCGCGCCGGUCUGCAGGACUGGGAACAACCAUGAAAAAUGCUUCUUGGGUCCUAUUGACGGCACAGUAUACUGCCUUUGUGUUGUUAUCACAUUAUUCUAGGGUCAUGGCGCCAGCUGGUGGCAGACGGUAUCUGACGUCCACCGCUGUUUUCUUCAACGAGGUCGCCAAACUCGCCAUCUCCUUAACCAUAGCCCUGUACGAGGUCUCGAAGACGGCACCACCUUCGGUUCCCGCAACGUCGCUAUUCUUUUCGCUCACCUCCGCUGUGUUCUCCGGCGAUAGUUGGAAGCUCGCAAUCCCCGCUUGUCUCUAUACGAUCGCCAAUUCUUUGCAGUACAUUGCACUCUCGAAUUUGCAAGCUGCCACUUUCCAAGUCUCGUACCAGCUGAAGCUUCUGGUAACGGCCAUAUUCAGCCUGUUUGUCUUCAGGAGGUCGAUCUCUCUCCGCAAAUGGGGUCUGCUGGUACUCCUUGUGAUUGGGGUUGCACUGGUGCAAAUUCCCAAUGGCAGCGUCGACGAGGCUCACUUUGACGAAGCUGCGCAUCUUUCCUUCCCACGGUCGUUGGAGGAAUGGAAAGCUGCUAAGCUGGGACGUGAAAAUCUACACAAGCGUUCCGCGACCUACGAAGGCAUUGAGGAGGAUAUCCUGACUGCUAAUCCUCGCUUGAACGGAACAAUUGGUCUCUUGGCUACUGUAGGCGCCUGUGUUGCCUCUGGUCUAGCGGGGGUAUAUUUCGAAAAAGUCAUCCAAGACAGCGCGAAGGCGACCUCUCUUUGGGUGCGCAAUGUCCAACUGGCCGUUUACUCUAUCUUCCCUGCACUGUUCAUCGGCGUCGUAUUUCUGGACGGUGAGAAAGUGGCAGCCAAUGGGUUCUUCGAUGGAUACAACUGGGUCGUUUGGUCUACUGUUAUUAUUCAAGCCCUGGGAGGUAUUGCCACGUCUUUCUGCAUUGGCUAUGCCUACAGAGAUGCGAAGAACAUUGCUACGGCUGCAAGCAUCGUCCUCACAACGCUAGCGAGCACCUGGCUCUUCGAGUUUGAACUCACUGCAAAUUUCCUCCUUGGGUCUUUCGCAGUACUAGUGACUACUUGCCUCUGUGAGGAGUCAAGCGCCAACCCUGUCAAGGCUCAACGACAGACGCUGCGUCCGCCCCCCAUUCGAGUUGACCGCUAUGAGAAGGAUAAUAAGAGUGGUGAGGCUUCACCUGCCUCGCCAUCACCCAACGAAAUAUCUAUCAAGCUUCCUGGAACACCAUUCUUGUCCGAUGCCGGCCUCUCCACAUCGAGACCUACAUCACCGGGCCAUGUACGCGUUAGUGCUGGCCGCACUCCAAGCGGAGGUUACUUUGAGAAGCACCCUCGGGAUCAUUGAGUCGAGGGUGCGAGUACCAGUGUUUUGAUAGUGGCUUUUGAACUGGCGCUACACUGUAUCAUGGUUCCAGGAAGUAAAUAUGGAUGGAUAGAAGCGGUGAUGCCUGUUACGUUCUCGACGGAAAAUGCCUCAAUUUCUUGUACUCUAUGGACGUUCUUCUACCUUGUUGGUUAUAGCUGGAUAGGAAUCUCAAAUCCCAUAUUUU